UAUCAUCCACUUUGUUGGAGAAACAGCCUCAGAGGAAAGCAAUGGAGGCUGCGACGCCCAUGAACAUAGUAGAGUGUCAUUCAUGCACCUCCAUGGAGCUAAAAUGGGCAAGUUCCCGAGGCAAAACCCAAGUGCAAAACAUGAAAACACCUUCAAAAUCAAAAGCACCAGCAACACUUCGUACCUCGGUCCCUGUGUUUAUAUCCACAAACCCAUCACACGUAAAACCAGACGACCUCAUUGACCUAUACAGCGCCUGCAAUCUCAACGGCCACCGGUUCCCGGGUUACGUGGACGGCAAAGAUGGCUGCCGUGAAGUGGAAGGUAUUGAUGUGAACAAGCUACGUGUGGCUCUUUCACACAGUGAAGUCCUGGUGUCUGUCUUCUGCAAACCAAAUGAUGUAGUUAGCAAAUCUUCAUCAUCAUUUUCGCAAAAGAAUCGAAAGAAGCUGAAUAUUACCGAGGGUUUAGGAGAAUUGUUCGAAAGGGUGGUGAUGCCGGUGACACCAUUUAACAGUCAACUGGUUGGUUUUGGCCGAGCUGUUUCUGAUCAAGGAUUGACAGCCUCCAUCUACGAUGUUAUGGUUAUUCCUUCAUUGCAGGGUAUGGGAAUUGGCAAGAUGAUAGUUAAAAGAAUCAUAAGAAUACUCACGAGUAGAGACAUUUAUGACAUAGCAGCACUUUGCUCAGAAAAUGAGAGCUCAUUCUUCAAAGCAUGUGGUUUUGGUGAUGACAUUCUGUGCUCCACAGCAAUGAUGUAUACAAGAACUGCUAGUGGUUCAACUAAUCUCGAAGGACAGAUGGUUAAGCGCGCAGGUCGAAAGCUACUGUUGGUUCCACCGUUUUUGAAGACCUUACCCUACUCCAAGUCCAAAACCAUACAAUCAUCUUAAGCAUCAAGACGAGAAGCGUUCUGUUUC